GCAGAAGCUGAGUAAAUAAAUCGCUCUGUGCAAGACGUGCACAGUUAAUCUGGAACGAAAUACCCAGUUAACUAUGUUGGAUGUAAUUUUGUACGCAGUCGGCACCUUACUUCUGGUAUGCGUAGCUUUUGUGUUUAUUUUUGCGGUAUUUCUAGCGAACAAGAGGCGGCAGUUUUCGCAUAUUCCUAGCCCUCCUAUGGAAAGGUAAACAAGCUUUCAGUAUUUAAGCUUAAAUGUAUUACGUUUGGUUUAUGAUUGCAUAACUUGCAGACAUUUCGAACCUCUAAUACUUUAGUGUAUUCUGUACCCCUUUAAAGAAGGGAAUUGCAAAGGUCGUUACGGGGCUUUGACUUUUAUGUGGGUGGUCAGGACUCAGCGAGCGAUCAUUGUCAAAAGGUGAUUUUUUACGUAGAAGUGUGCCAAUAUACAGGUCACGCGAAUUGUGCAGCGUAACCAGAGGACGUUUGGCUUCAAGAAAGGAAAUAUCUGCUACUACAUUGCUGCUAUAGUGGCUACCUAACUUCGAGUUUAAAAAAAAGUGGCCGGGGAAGUAACCAUCGUGGGCAUUGUUAUUCGUGAACAACGACAAUGGCACAAGUUAACAACAGAAUUAUUUCUGGAAUGUAACGAUGUGUUAUGUCACGAUCAACCUGGCGGGGAGUGGUGGGGGAACUGUCCGACACAGUGUAAGAUGUAGACUGGAAGUUAAACAAAGUUAGUUCAGUGUUGUGAAAUGCUUUGAAAACUAUCCCUGUCCCUAGACUUAAACAUUUCUUCAGUAGCUUCGGAAAGUUUACCGUGCUUCCUCGAAUAAUAGCCGGAGGCCGGAGGCAAUUAUUUCUUUUUUGGCACCAAAAGGGGGCGAGGCGAUUAUUUCAAAUAAUGCUCACUAGAAGUCAUGCUCCUAAACAUUUUGUUCUAUUUUCCUAUUAGAUAAAAAAAAAACACGUCAAAUAAACUGAACAUAAAUAGCAUUUAAAGUGUUUCAGAUUUGGUUCCUUGAUUAAUUUUCACUGUCAAUGUCCUCGGCGUGAGAGCUUGAAUCAUCACUGAUCAGUUUUGCUGAAUCAAUCCUCCAUUUUUUUUAACACUAUGGGUAUCCCUAGCAGGUAAGCGAUUAUUUGAAGGAGGCGAUUAAUCGAGGGACGGCUAUUUAUUCAAGAGAAGUACAAGAUCAACCUUUUUUGCCCUAAUAGAGCUAGAUCACCUUUUGAAAAAAUACACUAUUUUUUGCCACUGAUUAUCACCAGUGCUGUUAUCAGUCAUCAAUGACACAAUGCAAACAUGACUCUCAUAUAAAAGAAACAUGGGGAUGCUUAAAAUAAUUUUUAAAAAAGAUUAAAAAUUCCUAAGCGAGAAAACACUUUCAUAUGGAAGCCUCACUUCAAUAUCCCUGCCUGGGACAUGUUAAUGCUACAUUAUUCAAAAGGUGGCGACCAUGAUUUAUUUCCGCCAGUUGUGGAAUUGCAUCAUUGUUCCACUUAGCAGGCUUAAGCCACUUUUUUGGGAUAAGAAGCGGUCUAGCCAUAUUAAUUAAUGGCUAUGCAUUGUACAAGGAAACCUAGCUACCGUAUUAAUUUUUUAUUAAAUUUUUGGACCUUGAGAGUGGGCGCUUAUUCAAGGUGGGCGCUUAUUCAAGGCUGGGCGCUUAUUAAAUUUUCACCAUUUUCAGCAAAGUAUGUUUAUUUUGCAACAAAACAAUAAAUGCUAAUAACAAAACACGCAGAAGUAACAAAGCAAGGUUUCUGUAAAAUACUCUGAAGAAAACUCCGUCCUCAGGGAAGUCUCUUAUUAGAAUUUAUUCCCUGAAGUGGGUGGAGUGGGGGUGAGUGCGUAUUUGAGUUUGAUUGGGAGGAGGAGGGGGUGGGCGCUUAUUCGAGGCUGGGCGCUUAUUAACUUUUUCUGCCUUUAGGAUGGGCGCUUAUUCAAGGUGGGCGCUAAUUCGAGGUUGGGCGCUUCAAAUAAAUACGGUAGUACAAUUUACUGCCUUGUAGCCCAUCUCCCAAGCUGGGUGUUGUAUCUGACAUCCCUUUGCUUUAUUAUAAAUAUAAGCCUUAACUCGUUGAAAAAUUGAAGUUUUGUUUCUGAAAGUUUCUUCAAGGGCCAUGCAGAUGAAAUUACCGAAAUGCGUCAUAAGGGUUUUCCCACAGAUCACAAGUUUUUAGAAUGGUAAGUUUUCCUUUUAUAAAUUGGCUUUUGCUUUAAAAUUUGUCUUUCCUAAUUCUCUGAUAUAAUCUACGUAGCUAUUCGCUCACGUAAGUGACCACACGGUAUUGAAGCAGUAGAGGGUGGUCACUUACGAGAGCUUCAGAAACUCAUUAAUAAUUCAGGCUAAGUGGUCACUACGGAAAUGACCUUGGACUUUUACAAAUACAAUAGUUGCACUGUAUAAGAUCAUUAUCAACAAACCAUUAUUAGUGCAUGAUUGUGUACAGUUUCAUUAUAGAAUUGAUUUAUAUGAGUAAUGCACCUAUCAAUGUAAAUCCCGUAAGGGGGGAGUGCGGGCAAGGGGCAGGGAUUUGAUGCCUGAGACUAUCCCCCUGUCGGGCUUUUGAUCGUGCGAAGCGAUCCCGGGAUCGGGACAUUUGACUUUGACCGACAGAAGCCUGGUAUCAAUUCAGAAGGGGUUUAGUCCGUCCCUUGAGGCUUUCUGAAAGUCACGCUGUUGGAGAAAGGUAUGAAGUUAAUAAUGUCUAUUUUGAGAAAGGUUUUAUCUUCAAGCUCCCAUCUGAUUGUAAAACUCGAUUGAAAUUGAAUUCCACCAUAAAAGUCAGAGGAUUAUUUACGGGUCACUGAUCCGAACUGUUCCGGCAUGUUGAGCAGAUGUUUAAGCAUUUUACGUUUCAUUAAUAUUAUAAUAGUACAGUCAAUCUUCCUGGAGUGAUUUUGUUGUUCAAAAUAGGAGAUGCUAGUGGAGAGAGAAAAUACUUAAUUACAGCGAGUAAUUUAACGGAGCUUAUGUUAACCAUAAAUAAAAGUAGUAAGAACGUACUAAUUUGAAAUAUUCUUUUAAUUUGUUUUAAUAGAUAGAAACAAAGUAAAAGUCUAGUUUGGUAAUCCCUAAAGCAGUCGUGAUUGCUUACAAUUCAAACUGGGUUUCACUUAAGGUGGUCUUAACUAGAACUGGUUGUUUACGAGAGUGGUCACAAGGAGUCAAGCUUCAACUGUAUUGUGGAAGACCUUCCGUCCAUCUUGUUUUAAUCCCUUUUCUCUAAUUCCCUUGCAUGCUUCUCAUUUAAUUAAUUUUCUCCAAAAGCUGGCUAUUUUCUGAUAAAUUAAAUCGGAAAAAAGCUCAAAAAACUCAGUUUGCUCUUUUGGUGGUAAAUAUGAAAAAAAUAGCCAAUAAUUACAGGUAGUAUUAACGGUGAAAUAUCACUGCACACUCAAUGUUUGAUUGUGCAGUAUGAAAUUCAAAGUGAACAAAGCUGAUCAUGCAGUGUCCUAAAACAUUGAUUCCUCAACUUGGGUAGAAUUGAACUUGAUUAAUGCCCGAGCUCUCUAGCAUAAAAAGGUUUUUCUUCCUGUUAAAGUCAUUCAUCAGGCAAGAUCAUUUCCAAAAACUUUUCCAAGAGGAGCCCCACCUGAUGACUGUCCCUCUCUCAAUACCAACUUAAAUAUAUACCUUAAAAUUUUAAAAGGUCUUCCUUCUCAAUCUUAUUUGGUUAAUUAUAUGUGACUGAUUGAGAGACAUAAUAAUAUGAACUUCUGCAUCAUCAUUCGCAAAUUUUUUAGUAAAUUAUUAUUAUUAUUAUUAUUAUUAUUAUUAUUAUUAUUAUUAUUAUUCCCAUGGAAGUAGUCUUUAUCUUUCAAUAUUAAUUGCCUUGGAGGAAACUACCUGGUUGAAUUCUGAUGCCAAUUAACAGUACUUGGGCGCUGAAGUGUUACUCUCAGCCAGUAAAAGAUAUUAAAUGUUUAUUUUGCAAGUGUGGAAUAAGAGGAUAACUCAAUCACCUAUAGGCUGAACAGCCAAUUUAAACUGUGUUGCAAUUUGCAGGCAUAUUGAAUAUGGCAAAGUCCUUCUUGUGUGGUUUUGGCACCUCCCUCUUCUUCUUGUGGCUGGAUCAGAGAUGGUUAAGGUAAUUUCCUUAAAAAAAAGAUGUACGAUCCAGAAUUUUUUCAAAUUAUAGGUGUAUUCAUCAUGACGUCAUAUUGUCUACUUAGCUCAUUUAGCACAUAAGCUAAACCUUAGGCUACAUAGCCAUAUAUUUAAAUUAUAGGCUCAAAAAUUGAAAGAGCUGGUUUAUUUGAGCAGUUUGAAUAAGUUUCUGGGCUGUUUGCAAUCAAUAAUGAAAGAAAUAAACAGCUGCAAUCACAAACUGCAAAAUUUCUGGGCAUCAAAACCCAUGCUCAUUUCUAAUUUGUACAUUAAAUUGGGGGUUUUUUAAAGAGAAGUUCUCCAAUUAUUUUAUUAGCUUCAUCAGAUAAUGAUAAGCAUGCACAUAUGUUAAUGAGGCAAAAAAUUGUUAACAAGGAUUCAUCUAUUUGAUAGCAAUGUAUAGGAGGUAUUAAACUGACAUGCACUAAAAAGAUGCAUGGUCACCUUCCAAAUCAGUGUACAUUGUUAGUUACGGUAUGUAUGUUAUUCUGAACGGCUGUUGUACAUAUCCAUUGCACUUAAUUUUAAGACAGCAACCUGAAAAACUGUGAGGUAAAAAAAAUAUGAACUACACAUAUAAUGUUGAUGCAUAUUCUUUUUCGGGUGCAUUAGAUUUUGACAAUAAGUUAAGCCAUUCAAUGCAGAUCAUGAAAGUCAAAUUUGUCUUGUCUGGAGGAAGUCAGUCCUGGCCUUUUUUUACGAAUGAUGUUGCAAUUUUGGUCUAAAAUUACCCCAUAAAACUGUAAUUGCCAGGCUUAAUUGUAGUGCUUCUUUUAUAUCGCGAUGCAAGAAUUUUCUAAGUACUUGUGCAACAGCUCGACUCGCGAAAUAGUUCUCCCGCAUUGGAACAUACAAGAGUUGAAUGCUUCAGGGUUUAAUAAUAUAUGCUUCUGUUAUGACUAAUGGAAGGGUUUUAACGACCGUCCCUGUCCCUGUUCUUAUGAUCACUUCCACUGUAAAAUUAAGUGGAAAAUGCCGGGGGGCACUGCCAUAUAUGGGCUAUAUAGGUAUGUGCCGCUGUGAAGGGUAUGGUUUUCAAGCAGUUUACUCUAGGAUAGGGUAUAUAAAUCAGAGCGUUUGGGUCUAGAAUAGGGUAUAAUUUUUCAGGAAAUUGAUCAGUUGGUUGAAGAUUUUACCUAGACUAGGGAAACAGCUACUCUAGGAUAGGGGGGAUUUGGACAGUUUACUCUAGUAUAGGGUAGCAAAAUUCAGCUCAGCUAUAGCUCUGGUAAAGGUUAAGGGUUCCAGGGUCCCAGCGGCACACUCCCACCCAGAAAUUCCUAAAGUUCCCCCCUGGGGAAAUGUAGCUGUGGUUAAAUAGCAGAUAUUGAUAACUUCUUUGUUUUUUUGUUUGUAAAGGAAAUUCUCAUUGUGAAGAAUCUUCCAAAAGACCCUCAGUCCUAUGAAAUUCUUAGCUACCUUUAUGGACAAAGGUAGAGUCAGACUGCAUGCUCAGUAAUAUCAGUUAUAGAUAGUGGCAUUUAUUAUGAUAUUUUCUCAUGACAUAAUAUUAUUUAUUCCCGUGAUGAGAAACUGACAGUGUUUUUAAAGUGAAACUUGAGAAACUACUAAGUAAAAAUUGAAAACUGAAUUAGUCUCUGCUUUUUUAACAGCUCAAAUGGUUUCCAGACUUAAUUCUAUGGGAUAACUUUUAUCUUGUUAACUGUCACCCUCUACCCUUUAUCAAUUCCCCUAAACCCCCUCCUCCAUACACCCCAUUUUUUAGUUUUCCCUCACUCCCCCUCUCCCUCCUCUUUCCCCUUCAUAAUCACUCUCUUCCUCUUGAAAUGUUAUAGCCCUUUAUCCCAUUAUACAACCCACAGUUUCCUCAAAAACCAUACCCAAUUCCAGACCAAAAUGAGCAAAAUCUAUACGGGUCGUUUUCAGACCGAAACAUCACAAAAACCAUACCCUUAGGGGCCGCACAUACCUAUAUUGCUUAUAUAAAAGAGUACCCCCCGCCCCCCCUUGGCAUAUCUGUCACUCUUGACCAUGUACCUCCUCCUCACCCUCAGAAUCCGUUUAUCUGCUCGGCAUUAACCAAUUUGUAAAUAACAUAUUUAAGUGAGCUGAAUAUGACAAAAAUUCUUUUUAUAUUUUAGAUACCUUGGUUCAGGAUUGGUCACCAACCUGGAUAAUGAGUCCUGGAAAACAAGGCGUGGUAUCAUGAACCCUGCUUUUCAUCGCAAGUAAGCAUCAGUAGAUCACUUCCAAAUGCAAUGUAUGUGGGUCUUCAAUUCACUCAAGAGAGGGUUAUCUGUCUUUUAGCUUCUCAGCCACAUCCGAAGUAUAUUGCAUACCACAAUGGGCAGAUCAGUGAGUUAGUGGUGAACCCUUCGUUAAACUGUGCAACUACAGUCUGAUAUUUCUAUUUUUGAGCAGAGCGUUUUCUGAGUUUUUGAAACUUAGACACUUAUACUGUUAAAGUAAACUCUGCAGUAAAAUCUGUACUGUACUAGACCGCCGUAUUAUGAAGUUUAGCCCAUUAUUAUAACCGUAACAAAAUUCCUUUCUUUGUUCAGCUAUAGGCAGCCCUGAUGUCAUAUUUCAUAAUUAUUAGGGCAGCAUGUAGGACAUGUAGACUUUCUCAAAGUCCUUCGCCUCUCAUUUCCGGUUCCGGUAGUUCCGCUCGCUUUUGCCGCAGAAAACAUAAAAAAACCAACCGCGCGCGCUUCGCGCUCGUGAAGUUUUGAGCUCGACUUGUAGGCAAUUCUAUACAGUAUGUUUGUUACUGGACAUGAAUUGCACUCAGAAUUGACAGAAUUGGGUUCUUUUUUUUCACAUCUAGCAAAAGCCUUCGGCCGCGGAAGAUCUUGCGUUAGUUGAAAUUAUCACAGCGAUUAAAAGAUGUUAAGAUACAGUUUUUCAGAGGCCAUACCGAUAUUUUUCAAUCGCCUUAAAAGUGGUUUUUUCCUUGUCCGAUCGCCAUAAAACUUUCACAAGUAAUUGGCUACGGAUUGAAAUUUUUGAAAAUGUAGUUUUAAGUAAAAUCGAUAUUACUAUGACAACAAUAAACAAAAAACUUUGAAACUGAUAAAAGCCGAAUUUUGUGUGAACUAGACCAGCUACUGAAAAUCCAACACUAGGAAUUUAAAGUUUGGUGUUUAGCAAAUAAUCUCCCUUAGAAGUAAAAAAUUCUGUAAGUUUGAAUUCGACUAAAACGAAAAUAUAUUUCAAACCUUUACUUUUCAAUAGCCGUGAUAGAUUAUUUAAUAAAAACGUUAUAAAUGACUCAAAUUAUUUUUGAGUAGCAUCAGAGUGCUGCUUAAUAUCAUAUUUUGAUGCUAGGAAAUUUUGGUGCAUUUUUGUUCUUGCGAUCUUGCAGACUAGCCCGUUUUCUCACCACCUGUAUAAGUGCAACGUCAUUCAAAAUGUGGUCUUUUAGCGCUUUUUUGUAUAUCUCUGAAACGACUCACACGAAUUUUUUGAAAAUCUCUUCACAUAAUCUUCAUAAUGUAUAUAAUGAUGUCUGAAACUUUCAGUGAGAUUGAUUCAGCACCUUGAAAUUUCAAGACAAACCUAUCCUACGAACCUGUCAAAAAUCUGCGUUACAACAUUCACUGCUUUGACGUUAUGCUAAUUUGUCCAAAAUAAUGCGCGCUAUACAUACCUCCAUGACUAGUACAUUUUAGUUGAAUUUAUCGCAUCUCUUGAAUGUAAAACAUUAACAAUACUCACACUGAAAUGUACUAGUCAUAUAUAUAUGUGUUGUCCGCAUUAAUUUGCAAAAAUUAGCAUAACGUCAAAACAGUGAAUGUGGUAGCGGGGAUUUUUGACCGGUUUUGUAGGAUAGGUUUGUCUUGAAAUUUCAAGGUGUUGCAGUGAAUCAAUCUCAGGGAAAGUUUCAGACAUUAUUAUGUAUAUUAUGAAAAUUAUGUGAAGAGAUUUUAAAAAAAUUCGUUGGAGUCGUUCUAGAGAUAUCCAAAAAAACGCUAAAAGUCCAAAUUUUGAAUGAAGUUGCACUCAGACAGGUGGUGAGAAAACGGGUUAGUUUUUAAGAUGGCAAGAACAAAAAUACACCAAAAUUUCCUAGCAUCGAAAUGUGAUAUUAAGCAGCAUUCUGACGCUACUUGAGAAUAAUUUGAGUCAUUUAUAACGUUUUUAUUAAAUAAUCUAUCACGGCUAUUGAAAACUGAAGGUUUGAAAUACAUUUUCGUUUUAGUCGAAUUCAAACAUACAGAAUUUUUUACUUCUUAAGGAGGUUAUUUGCUAAACACCAAACUUUAAGUUCCUAGUGUUGGAUUUUCAGUAGCUGGUCUAGAUCGCGCAAAAUUGGGCAUUUGUCAAUUUCAAAGUUUUUUGUUUAUUGUUGUCAUAGUAAUAUCGAUUUUACUAAAACCUACAUUUUGACAAAUUUCAGACGAGGAUAAAAUUACUUUUACAUGUAAAGCGAUUGAAAAAUAUCGGUAUGGCCUCUGAAAAACUAUACCGAAAUACCUUAAUUAGUUGUCCAAUUCUGUCUAUUGUUACUGUCUUGAAAUUCUUAAACAAAUUUGUUUUACAGUAAGUUUAAUAUAUUUUUUUGUUCAUUUAAGAUAUUUUCAACCUCAAAACGUGCGUUCCUCGAUCUAUGUUAUUAAAGUUCCCGUCUUAAAAGCUGUUCCUUACUAAUUUCAGUAGGAUAUUACGUUCUAUAACGUGUGAAAUGAGUGUGAAUUCUCUCGCCAUUUUCUCCAACCCUCAACUGCCAUUACAGCAGAGCAACCGCAUCGAUUACCCAUUGAUCAUCGGCAAUAAUCAAUGACUAAUCAACUGAUUACCCGUUGAUUACUCAUCGAUUGCACAUUGAUGUCAUUGAUUUCAUUGAUGAGAUAUGCCUGGUAUUCACCUCCAAACAGGCGAAGAGAAACAAAAUCUUUUCAAUUUUUAAAAGACUAGAACUGUACGUUUUCGUGGAUUAGAGAGUUUGGUUUAUUAAUUUCUGAUUAUUGAUUGAUCCCACCGGACCACUACAUUAGGAUGCAUUAGUAUAGUUACAUUGAUGAUUAUCGAAAAAUAGAGCGCUAUGAUUGGCCAGGAGCUGCGCUUUAUCCCACUAUAAUCACCGCGCGGUGAUUAUGACAUUGAAGGCUAGCAGUUUUCAAAAUGGCAACCAGAUUUUUUUAUGUUUCGGAGUCGGAAAUUGAUCAAUAAUUUUAUGUUCUCGAAUAAUCAUCAAUGUAAUUAUACUAAAACAAUUAGUCGCCUCAGGCGAUUAAUUGUUAAUUAACAGAAGGGUUAUCUAAUAGGCCACUUCCGAGUUCCAAAAACCCUCACUUUCAAAAAGGGGCUAGGUGCACAACCUUUCUUGUGAAAAUGAGUUUUAUUUGCAUUAGAAUGACUGAAAUGAUUUCCAUAUCAAAGGCUGAGCACCUACCCUCGUUUUGAAACAGAGGCCCGGGGGAACUCGGAAGUGGCCUAUCAAACAAAUACCCCACCAGAGUUCCCACCAGAAAUUCCAGCUCAAAUUCAUCCUUUGGCUUGAAGAGACCUCCCACUCUAUUUCAUGGUUUCUCAAUGUCAUUCAUUCAGAUAACGUGGGUAUUUUCUGGAAAGAUUCGUUAUAUAUGCGCCCUUCUGAAGCACCUGACAUUUAUUGUUAACCCCCAACUUGAGUAUUAUUCAAACCAAACUUAUUUCCCAGGAGCUUGAAAGAUCUUAUGAGUUCUUUUAAUUCUACUGCUGACCUUCUGUUGGAUCAUCUGAGCACAAUGGCUGAUGGGAAGACACAGAUCUGCAUGGUAGAUGAGUUUGCCCGUGCAGCACUGGAUGUCAUUUGCAAGGUUAGUAAUACGGACACGACCGAGACUGCCGAGAAAUUUGAUUUUAGUUCUAAAAAAACAUCUCUAUCACCUGCUCCCCUGGACUCCCAGCAGUCUUUCCUACAGGGAAGCGAGGAAGCGACGUUUGUACAAGCCGCAAAGUCGCGAAGAGUAGGCAGCGCGCUUCCAGGGGGGAAUUUUUAUAAUCUCCACUCUGAGAGGUAGCAUCUUGUGAGUAUAAGCCAACGCUAAAUCGGGCACGAGAGCCUGCUCGAACGCUACUUCUCCGCUUUUCAACCCUUUGGCCUUCUCUUCCUUCCUUUCUGCGCAUUUAUUCUGCAGGUUACUCCCUGUGUGUGACGUGGCCGAUUCCCCUACCUCUUUCCCUCCCCCUCACCCACCCACCCACAACCUACCUCAUACGUAUCACGGCAUGUUAUCAUAAAUUUAAACACAGGUUGCUUUUGGAAUGGAAAUAGACGUCAUUAGUGGAAAAGACACCAAGUUUACUGAUGCUGUAUCUCUGAGUUUUCACGGAGUCGAGGAGGCCACAUUUGAUCUGUUCCACAAGGUAAUGCACCUACGACGAAUUUCCAUGACAAAUUGAAAAUGACAUCGUUAUACUGCAGUGUUACAAAAUGUUCUGUAGAAUUUAUUGUCCAUAAAAUAGGCCAUUGUGCUCGUCAUAAUGAAGAAACUGCUUCAAAAGUGCUGUUUUGGGAACCCCAACAUGGUCACCCAAAUCGAGAUAGACCAAGAACUACAUAAAUUGACACCAUCAAGGCUGACACUGGAUUGGACAAUACUAAAGAAAUAAGAGAUACCGUGCGCGAUCAGGCCGGGUGGAAAGAUUUUGUCAGGAUGGCUUAGGAUGACUCGUAGCCUGCAAGCAAGCUUUCCAAUUAUGCGUGCGGCCCUCGCGUGACUUCGCGACUCCCCCAAAUGGAGAGCUUGCUUACUGGCUAGAUGAUUCGCGACCGAAGCAAGUAAAAUUGGCAAAUAAGGAAGGAAAGUAUGUCAGUCUAGUAAUGCUUUAAAUUAUUUGCCUUUACUUAACUCCUGUUUCACCAGUUUUCUUGCAGGCAUGUAUUCAUUUUUUAUUACUCUUUCCAUCUUUUUCAGUUCAAAGUAUUUCAGUUUCCAUUCCAGCGCCGCGUGGUCUCAUCUGUUAAGUUCUUGCGUGAAACUGCGAGAAAAGUGAUUGAAGUGAGAAAGAGUGCGAUGAAAAGAGGAGAACAAGUUCCAGAUGAUAUCUUACAGCGGAUUAUUGAACAAGGUUUGUUAACCCAUGCCGCUGAAUUAUUUUAUGCAGGCUUUGCCGGGACCCAACCUUAUCCAACGUAUUGUCUCCAUUUAUUAAUUUCUUCAUUCAUUCAGUCACUCACUCACAGACUCACUCAUUCAUUCAUUCAUUCUGCAUGUAUAAAUUCAUUUAUUCACUUAUUUGUUUUCAAUUCUAUCUUUUCAUUUUCUUUUUUCAUUUGACAAUAUUUUUUGAGAUUAGAUUAUAUUGUUAUUGGGAAUGGAAUUCUAAGGAACAAAUGAACAAUAAUUUGCAAUAAUAAACGUACUUAUAUUAAUCAUAUUCUUCAUUUAUUUCAAUCACAGAAAAAAUUCCCGGGGUUGGAAUUGAAGAAAUGUUAGAUGACUUUGUUACGUUCUUCAUUGCCGGUGAGAAAAAUAUUUUAUAGAGAUUUAGGCCCAAUCCACACACACUAAUGCAAAUGCGUUUGAAAACGCAUAUAGUUCGAUGCGUCUAGGCCUUCCGUCCAAACUAAUAGUAAUACGCUGAGCGUCUUCAUCGUAAAGGCAUCGAUUUGAAAACGCCUUUGAAAGGAUAUCAAAACGAAAAUGCAUACAUAUCUUAUUAGUGUGGGCUGUUGAAAACUGUCGAAAACCCGUUAAAAUAAAUGCCAACACCGAGAAUAUCGCAGAAGCAUGUGUUUGUAGCAUGCGCGUAGAGUUCAACUAACGUUAAGAAUCUAACAUCAAAACAUAUAUUCAUGACCAGGCCGGAGACACAGUACUUUUCUUGUUGACCUGAGCAGAUAACUGGUCAGCGGAUAACACGUUACCUCAAUAAGUUCUACAGCUGAGCCCGCGAAAACAGCCAUGUGACACUAGUCAGCGGAUACCCUUUUGACAGCUCCCAGCUUGAUCUCCUAGAUAGUGAGUGUGUCAUUUUGCGUCCGCUAACACGAUUGCGGAAAGCAUACGGACGGACUGACAGACGAUUUUGUCCGAACCAAAAUUUCUUGGAUGCGUAGAUAACCAAAUUUUGUUACCCAUGGUGCUCCCGUGCGCGCGCUUCGCGGGCCUGUUCGGAAGUGUUUUUUCUGUCUGUUUUUUCUUGCAACUGUGAAAGUGAACCCCUGUGAAAAGAAGCGUUUAAACGGCAUUACUGUGUUGAAUUUCGAAUUUCAGGUCACGAGACUACAUCUAAUAUGCUAGCGUUUUGUGUUCUGGACCUUGCAGAUCAUCCGGAUAUUUUAGACAGGUAGUAUUAAAAAAAAACCAUGCAUUUUUUAGGCAUCAUUUGGUUUUUGUCUUCUUGUCUUUGAUGUUCCGGAGGGAACUCCGGUUAAUUUAGAAUAAAGGUAUGUAACGCGAAGGAAAGAAAAUUAAAAAUUGACGCUAUAAUUUUUUAAGAACCAAAACCUUUUACCUCAAAAACAAUUUGGUUUUACUGCCUUCAUAUGUUUGUAGUGUGUUAAUGGCCGCCUAGAUCCUGCAAUUAAGCUAUCACAACACCCUGAAGUUAAAAACAAGCAAUAUACCCUAUCCAACGACACAUGCCAUAUCAGAUAUAUCCCCCCGGAUUUGUGUGUAUGCUGCUCGCAUCUAGUGGUCAAACAUGGUUGUUUUUGCCUUGUUUGUUUCGUUUUUUUCUCGUAUGAGCUACUUUACUUUUCAUGUUAAUGUGGCUCUGUGAAGUAAUUUGUUUAAUAUAAAAAAAAAUGAUCUAUUCAUUUGUUGUUCAUCUUGCUUAAAUGCCAAGUAGGAUUUUCUUUUUCUUUCCUCCAGGCUAGGAGUAAAAAAAUUUAACAUGCGCUUUCUUCGCAGUUUAGUAGGGGAGAUUUUUGAUGUCCUUGGCGAUAAAAAACAUGUUGCCUUUGAUGAUCUGGCCAAAUUACAUCAGCAUGGACUGGUAACGUGUUUUAAUUCAAUACAAAUCAAUUUUUAAAUUUGUAUUAAAAUACUAUUUUGGCAUCAUUAACAUCUGUGUCCCGGGAGGGGGGGGGGAGAGAGUGGUGGUGAUGCUCGUCGUCUCGCUUAGGAGUGUAAAUUUCUGAUUUCGGUCUCACUUAGGGUGUUCUGGGCAAAACGCCAUCAUAUUUAGCCAUGAAGGUCUCGUUUAGGGUUGCACGCGAAAAAAUAUAAAAAUAUAAGCUAUAACGUGGUCUCUUUUAGGAGACCAAAAAGGCUUGGGCCACGCCCAGAUAAGUCUCCUUUAGGAGUUUAAUUCAAAAUUUCCGACGAGCAUCCCCACCCCUUUCAUAUGCGGAGCCCCCCUGAUCUGUGUCUCCUUAUUGGCCAUUUCCGAGUAGCCCUAAGCCUCUGUUUCAUGAUAUGAAAAUAUAUUUUUUUUAUUUUCAUGCAUAUAAAACUCGUAAGGUUUUGUACUAAGCCUCAUUUUGAAAGUGAGAGUUUUGGAACUCAGAAAUGGCCUAAUCUAUCACAAGUAAUUUCGUAGGGCAGGAGCCCAGAGGUUAUGGGCUCCUGCGUAAAGUUAUUAGUUGGCCUGCGAAAAUAGCCAUCUCUCCAGGCUCCUCGCCGCGAAUCGUCCCUAGCGGCGAGGAGAGAGAAGAAAGACGGUUGUUUUCGCAGGCUAGUUGUUAGACAAUACAAAAUAUUACGGUUAAGAGGACACGGUUCCAGAGAUGUGUUCCAGGGACAAUUUAUCACAUACGCUAUAAAUAUUCGUCUAUACUCUUGUGCAGCAUGUAAUGAAAUCAGUAGUUAAGCAACGCAAAAGCCGGGGACUAGAUCCUAGUAACAUUUCUUGCGUUAUGCGAACAUUAUGAUAAUUUCCUGUUUCAUGUCCAUGGCUAAUAUGGGAAGCAAGCUCAGGGAAAGGGAAAUAAAAACUGGUGACAAAACCUAAAUUGAACUCUAUCCCUAUCGGUAACCCCAUUAACCUUCUUUGUUGUGUUCCCUUUUUUCAUUUUCCCGUUCCCGGGGUUCCUUCCCUGUUCCCUUUCUUAGUAGCAUUCUUUUGUACUACAUCGUUUUCAUUAAUUGCUAUUAGAACAAUAACAGCAAAACGGUACAAAAGAGCCCUGGAGCCAGUUUAUAAGCCGUUAUGAAUAGAGAUUUGACCCAGUUUCAAUGGUAGAGCGGAUGGGAGGGCAAGCGAAGUCUUUCCUGUUCCGCGCUUCCUCGCAUCUGGAUCGCCUCCCCCGCGAUUUUACUCUUCUGUGAUCGGCGCCAGCUUGCGGGCAAGUCCAACUUUAAGUAGGCAAGCGCUCCGUAAUAGUACUUAUUACGUCAUGGUUACCGUGUUUGAUCAUGUACUCUUACGUUUUGAUUUUACAGGUUUUAAAAGAAACGUUGCGCCGCCAUCCCACAGCAACUGGAACCUUAAGACGGACUAACAAAGAAAUGGAAAUCGGAGGAUACAAAAUACCCGCUAACGUUUCCGUUAUGGUACAAGUCUCUCUCUUCUGUCUAAAGCAAGCGAGACUAACUAAACCAAUCAUGAAGCGUGGGAGUGUGCAUUGUGGUUGGUUUAUCCUUCCGCUUCUGCUUCUGACUCCAACAAUUUGGUUUUCACUGGAUCGUGAGCGACGGAGUCAUAAGCGGAAUCGGAAGAAAAUGAAAACGUUCAGAUUCUUUCGACUCCGAUUCUGUCACGCGCAAUUUUUAAGUCAGUACAUCAAGGCCUUGGUCUGAGAUUUCCCUGUAGUGACCUCACUUUUGGUUAAUUAGUAGCUUUUAGUUGUACAGUCAGCUCUGUUUAAAACGGACAACUUUGAGACCGGCACCAAGUGUCCGUCUUAGAGAUAUGUCCGUUUUAUAGGAAGUCAAAUAAAGGGGUAAAGAAAGGCAGGGAUCAACUCUAGGUGUCCGUUUCACAGAGGUGUCUGUCUUAUAUAGGUGUCCGUUAAGAGAGAAUCCACUGUAUAUACAUUAACUUGAUGGUGGUUUGUUUAUGUUUCUUCAUUGUGCGUCCCUUAAUGACAUUAGAGAGCUUAAGCAAUCAAGACGGCGACGGCAACGAGAACGGAAAAAGCGGCGAUAGGUUCAGUUUAACAAAGCAACAACUUUGCACGUCCGUCACGAUACAUUUCUUUGCCGUCGUGAAACUUCAUGAAACUUCACGUGAACACAAGACAACCAGUUUCGUUUGCUAUUCCUGAAAUUAGAAACAAACAAUCCUUCAAAAUUCAAUACUAGAAAUAUUGACAAAGUGCAAUAAGAGCGAUGAACUUUGAAAUACCUCGAAUGCACUUUUUAUUAAGUGAUGUUUUCGUCGACCUCGCCGUCUUGGUUGCCUAACCUCCCUAACACAGCACGGAUAUGGUGACAUUCAGUAUAAAAUUGUUUUGUCUACAGACAAGCACUUACGUGUCCAGUCAUUUUCCUGAGUACUGGAACAAACCAGAAGAGUACAAUCCUUACAGAUUUGAAGAUGAAGAACUUUUAAAGAGGUGUGUUCAGACUGCUGAUAUUUUGCUUCAAAACUUUAAGGCGUUAAUAUUCACCGGCCUGUCGGCACUUAAUUCUGAAUUGACUCAAAUAGAACUAUUUUUGUUUGCUGUUAUGCUCUUUUUGGCGGAAGGUAACUGAGAACAAAAGCAAGUCGAAUUCAUGUGCGAGUUGGUAAAGGAGUUUGUCGUGUUAUGGUAACACUUACUCCAUGUCAAUCAGUUCUAACCCUUCACCGGCGCAAAGAAAACGUUGUACGUACGGGGUCAGUAGGCUUUGUCCGUAGUGUUUAUAGCAAACGGCGAAAGAUGCAAAAUGGUGUGGUGGAAGCUAUCCAAAAACAGUGUAUACAGACUAUGUCAGGAAAUCUCGUCUUCAAAGCCUGACUGUCCAGUUCAUUUUAUUAAUUUUGCCAAUUACGCUUCCGUACGCGCUAUGGAAGUUGACGUUAGUGAAGAAAUCACUUGUACACGACAAAAUCAGUCACAGUUUCUUAGUCUUUCCCACUGACAAAUAUGCCUCCCAAGCAGUAUAUCAGUCAAACGUUACAAACAACAAAAAUGAACUUUGAAAAACUGUUAGGCUAACAAUUUUUUAAAAAUGCACAAUUUCAAUCUGUUUUAAUCUCUUUCAAUUUGGUCCAUCCAUUCCUUCUUUUGCAUUUGCUGUGUAGAGCCACAUAUAGCAUAGGUGUUCAAACUAUAUCGGAUCGUUUGUCGUACGCGUGUCAACACGAAAAGGUAUCUGGUACGGUAUGAACACAGCCUUUAUCUUCUAUAAUAUUCUUCUAUUGACCGUCCUCUUUUGGAACUUUCAUUAACAAAAAUAAUAUUUCCGUGUUUUAUUUUGUAGGUCCCACUAUAACUACUUUCCGUUUUCACUUGGACCGCGUAACUGCAUCGGACAAAACUUUGCUCAGGUACAUGUGUACUGUUCGGUAUCUGUUUGAAUCGUGCCAACAGAGAGACUGGGUACCAGCGUAUUAACACAUAUCAUUUGUGCUUUUGACACCAGAUUGAGGCCAAGGUUCUGUUGUCACGCUUUCUUCAGACGUUCAAGUUUUCUCUGGUGCCUGGACAGUCACGCGAUGUUCUUGAAAGAGUGACUCUUCGACCCAAAGACGGUGUCAUGUGUACCUUGACAAAGCGGAAUUAAGAAAACUAGUCCGUAGGGUUAAGUAGUUCCAUCUUUACUUGUCCUCCCCUCUUAUCGUUUAGUACUGAAACCUGUUCUAAGCUCUCAGUACGUAGAGAAAACAAGUGAAAAUUCAACUUUUUUCGUAAAAAAAAAAACACCUUAAAAGCACAAGCAAUGAUUAACCUUCUCCACUAUAAAGAGUCUUAAAACCAACAACAUUAGAAAACGGCCCAACCAAGAAUGCACUGUAAUUAUAACCGGCCCGUAUCUCUGUGGGUGUGAUUAUACAACACUAACAUUCCAUGAACGGUUUUGCAGUGAUCUACAGAAGAAAAUCUUUUCAAACAGCAAAAAAGGUCAAAUGCGCGUUUAGUUUUUCAUAACUCGUAGCAGCUGUGUAAGAGCUUGGAACGGGCCAUCUGUACCUCGUCGAACCUCCUUUGACAUUUGUGAUCCGAAUAGUAAAGUCUGGCAUUGCAAUAGUUUGAGAAUAACUACAAGUAGAGCUAUUUUUAAAAACAUUUUGUUCCAUAGGUUAAGGUAGGUUAGUGUUUUACAUUGCAGAGUAGUUGGAUUAUAUAUUCAUGAAUAACGGUAUAUUGUAGGAAUGUAGAGUUAAUAGAGACGCCUGUAUAAGUGGCGGAGAUGUUACUAACCGGUUGAUAUUCUCAGUGUUCUCCUGUGUACCAAACACACCACAAGUAGAUAUCAGAUUGGCAAAUUAGAUCUCAAAGGUAGAUUCCAAGCGCGUUUUUGACGUCUAAGUAUCGAUUGGCUAUAUUUUGUUUUGCUGCCUAGAUGGAUUGAGAGUUCGUGAAAUUUUUAUUAUAGAACAUCUCGUAUAUGUAAGAGAUGACUUGUUUCAUGUAUCAAGAUCAAGUGUCAAUAAGAAUUCAAGACUGGCAGCUCUGAAGAAAAUUGUUCAAAGUAUACAUCAACGCAGUUAUAUAUGGGCCUUUUCCCCCGUUGCAGGACCCCCUCUUUUGUAGAUGUACAAAACGUAUGGGUUUAAGUCAGUUUUGCCAGUGUUAUCAUCGGCAUCCUCUAUAACCCGCCACUGCACUAAUUUCAAACUCCUCUACGGGGUUUUUCCUAGGACAUGGGAGGAAAAGCCGUGGGAUCGAGUUUGAUUGCGGAUUCUUAGACUAUUCUUAAUUCUCCAGGUCUACCAGCAAUCAGGCGUUUUUGUAAUUUUUUGCCACCGUGAAAGUCGGCUCACGCGCGAAAAAAAAAAUCAAAAUAAGAAAAGAUCACUCGCAGAUUAGUGUUGAGAACGGUGUGGGUGUUUAUCCUUCACUAAAAAUUUCGGAAAUUUUCUAUGGGAACGUAAAUGGAUCACGCUUUCAUAAACAUUCCAGAGGUGGACAAUUUCCGUCCGAGAUUAGUGGGAAGGUUUUUUAAGUGGGUGUCGCGUUUUUUGCAUUUGAGACCAUUUUUGAUGACCCAAGUGAAACUCAUCGGAAAGGGAUAUAAACGGGCAACCAACUCCCAUUACCGUAAGAGUUCCAAAAACGAUUCCCCGCUUCUAUUUCCUGGCCAAUCAGGAGCGGGGAAUUCAUAUACAAAUGGAACUGGUUCUUAUAAAAUCUGAGGUCAUUUUUUUCCGGAUCCCAAUUGUCCGCCUCAAGGUCUCCGAUGAUGAAUAAGGACUUUCCUAAUAGAUCUUCAUAUUCCGGCCUUGUAGCUCAAGGCCCUCUGCUGGCUUUCACGGCCGCGCCUCAGCAGUUGAAUUGAAAGUGUUCCUCGCAAACGAUAAAUGUUAACCGAAAAGGGGGCAACGAGUUAACGUCAUUUAGUCCUUUCGCGUUAUUCCACUAAAGUCUUCCUUACAUUGCCGGGUCGAGGAUGAUACAGGGUUUAGCCAUCUAGAGUUUAAUUUCAGUUUAUCAAAGGCACAUGCUUCAUUUUCCAUCAUUCACUCUCAUCAGAGCAGUAAAUUUUAGCCGCAUCUUAACAGGUGUUUAUAGAUGAAAGAAUGAAUAGAUUAAAGUAUCUGAUAGACACAUCUGUUCACAAUUAACAAGAUGGUCGCGAAUGGAUACCGGUUCUAUCUCUUGGCUAGAAGUUUUAUUUACUUGCUAUUUACGCCUAUUUUGAGAAUUUUGUCAACGGCUCUAUAAAUAAAAUUAUUAAUAUAAAUCAGGAAUAUGGCAUUUAGCUGAUGACAUAGUAAAAGAAAAAGACAUGAUAGAUUUUUGAUUUUAUGAUGGCUGAACUCAUUUAUAAUAAAGUUAUAUCCACU